UCACUAAAUUGGUUUAUAAAAAUUGCGUGCAAAGCUUCGCGCUAAAACUGUGACGGAUCAGUUACGAAUAGUUUCUAUGUCAGAAAAUUCGAUCACAAAUCUGUCACUAUGGGUGAGAUGCUAUCACCGUGACUGUUUUGUCACAGAUCUGUCAUAAAACUUCAGUCACUAAAGCCCGUUUUUCUUGUAAUGAGUAUAUAAUACGAUAGGUUCGAGUUGAGGAAUAAGGAGGGUUUGGCAUCCUCGGGCUAGGUAUGGAACUAUUCACCCUUUUUUCUAGUCAAAUAUUUGAUGUGUAUUAAACGUGCAUUAUCUACUAUGGCUAUGGCUACAGCUAGAAAGUCAAAGUCAACCCCCCAUUAUCCUCUUCAUCCUAUAAAUGUAGCAACUCAUCUCUCCCUUUCUCUUCAUAACAGACAUAGCUGAGAAGAUGAAGGCCGCAGCAGUGAUCUCUCUCUCCUCCCUCCUCCUCGUCACCCUCGUUGCGUUCUCUCCCUCACUGUCUUCGGCUGCAUCUCCGCCGGCCAAGCCCCUUGACAUAUCGGGGCAGACACUCCUUACUGGCACCGGCUACUAUAUCCUCCCCGUAGUCCGUGGGCGUGGUGGCGGUGUCACGUUGGGCCAGCCCCGGAAUGGCACCUGUCCCCUCGGUGUGGUCCAGGACCAGUUUGAGGUGUCCAACGGCCUCCCCGUGACAUUCUCCCCUGCCAGUGGGAAGAAGGGAGUGAUCCCCCUUUCCACCGAUUUGAACAUCAAGUUCUCAGCGGCAAGCAUCUGUGUCCAGUCCACAGUGUGGAAGCUUGGACCCCACGAUGACAAGACGGGGCAGUGGUUCGUGACCACGGGAGGGGCGGAAGGGAAUCCCGGGAGGGAGACGAUAAGCAACUGGUUCAAGAUCGCGGAGUUGGGCAAAGAUUACAAGCUCGUGUUUUGCCCCACCGUGUGUAACUAUUGCAAAGUCGUGUGCCGGGACGUCGGGAUCUAUGUGGAUGGCGCGACGAGAAGGUUGGCAUUGAGCGAUGUUCCCUUUAGGGUCAUGUUCAAGAAGGCUUGACGAGGAACUCUUGAGUUGAAGAAAACAGCCAAAAGCUUAGAAGAAAAAUAAAUUACGAAAAAAGUAAAAUAAACUAUAAUAAGUUGUAAACAAGAUGUACUCGAUUGAAUGGAUAGUUUGGUAGAUCUUUUCUGUAAGGGUGCAAAUGUGGGUGGCAUUUCAUUGACAGUGAUGGAAGAUAUGCCGUAAACAAUUUUACUUUUUGCAAUUAAAAAAAAAAACCACUACUUUGAUAUUUGGAUUUUUUUUUCCAUUUUUUUUUCUUGGUCGUCUCUCUUAACCCGGUUGGAAUCAAGAGGACUUGUGUUAAGGUGAGCUUUCUUCAAGUCAAAAGGUCCCCAUAUUUUUUACUUUAAUGACUAGUGAAGGAAUACGAGAUAUCAUAUCACAAAAAAUAAAUAGUUCAUGGCAGAUCUUGGAUCUUGUAAAAUGAUUAGUC